AUGACCGCCGUCACGGCUGCCACUGUGUUGGAUCUGCGGAGGAAUGUCACUCCGGAAUGUGUUGGUGUCACCAUCACCAUGCGGACCCUGGUUCGCUAUACGGACCAUGGCGAGACCUAUGACUAUCCAAGUGAGGGCGAGCUCGUGGGCCCCACGGCCGACUCCAGCGAUUCUGAAUUCCCGUUAGCCAUUCCAGAUCUUAGUAGUACAUUUACAGCCCUAGGUACCCUGGAAACACACGCGCACCAGGCGUCGAAGCUCCUUGCAGAGCGGACCGACAUUCUCGAUGACAUUCAGCGGUUCGAUACCUCCUACCAUCGACUAAACCACCCGGAGCCGCCCGAGGUCGCGAAUUUGAAAGGCCCAUGGUCGCCUUACAGUAGUAGGAUAUUGCAAGGUCCACAAGCGCUGAUUCCGGCCUGGCGAAGGCCGUGUUCUCCCUCCAGUGGCAGCAGUUCCAGAUCGGAUACCAGCCGUUCGUCUGUUGGUUCGAGCAAUGGUAAAGACUCGAUCGAUACUAAAGCGUCGGACGACGACCAAGGUCUCUUGUCUGUGCCUCAUUGUGUAGCUGCAGGAAUUCCUUUCUACAAAAAAUCGUCAAAUGAGGCUGCUACCUCUAGAAUAUCUAGACUAGAGCAAGAAUGCAACCGACAUAUACAAGAAAUCGGAGAUGAUGCCUCGAACCCCUGGGUGAUUCAACCAAGAGAAUUUGAUUCUAGAUUUAGAUGCCCUUUCGCUGCAUUCAAGGCAGGGUGGACUACCCCUUGUUUGUUGGUGAGUGCAGGAAAUUUGGAUGGUAUCAGGAAUCAUAUCGGAGCCCAUCACCGAGAUGUUUUUUGGGAGACUCUUCCAUGCAGCAGCUGGGACCAGAUUUUCAAGGUCUGUUUCCCUGAAGCAGACCUUGGCUUGUGCCCGUCACCUUACUUCGACCUCCGGCUUGUUCGAGAGAAAUAUAAGAGACUUUGGUCAUUCCAACCGGACAAAAUCCGACCACGCCGUUUGCACAAGGAAAGCGAAACAUCCUCUGGAAUUGCAUCUUCGGAUAUUGAGAUCAAGCAAGAAGAUGACUCUUCGAUUUCCCCCACGGCUGAGUGCGAGGCACCAAGUUUCCAAGACGUUCCAGAAACUUUCUCUUCGUUUCAGGCAAUACUGCACAUACGAUUUAGCUUGUAUCUAGAAAAAAGCUAUGGCCGGCCGUUCGAUGGGAGUAGCCACGGGCUCUGGAAAACCUCGAGUCCCUAUGGAGGGCAGAAUCAACGACCAAAUGGGGCAGAUGCGAAUGGAAUGCCUAAUCUUCAAAGUAACCCCGCGGGAGGAAGUGGGGGGGGGGAAGGUUUGGAACAGGAUGACUUUGGGGAAAGUGACGACGAGUAUGAUGAGGGGUCUGACGGUGAUGGCAGGGGUAGAACACAUGAUAAGAUAUAUAAUUCCUUUCCGGUUUGGCAUUUAGGGUGUCCGUUACAGCGAAUCGGAUUUCCCAAAUGCGAGACUAUACCUCCCGAGUUUCAAUGCCCUCCAAGGCGUAGGGGUCGAAGCUUUGGGGGCGGUCGGAAGUUGAAGGAUAUCAGGUACCAUAUAAAAAAUAACCAUACAGACAUUUGGUCUAAGGAAAAGUUGAAAUCAAUUUCCCACCCCAACGCGAAAACCUGGAAGGGCAUCUUCUUGAAACUAUUUCCUGAUUGGCCAGACACACUAAAACACCCCUCAAAGUAUCAUGAGUCGCCAACGUUAUACGACCAGCUUGCUAGUGAAUAUGACUGUGCAACUCAACGUGAAGCGCUAUACCGCGCCGUUCGCGAUUCAAGGGACUUGGAGCUCCACCCAACCACAAAUAAUGGCAACCAAAUGGGCCCCCAAAUUCAUGUUCAGAAUUACGAGAAUCACCUACCGCCUACUAGUAACAACCCAGUCCCAGAAACCGCCUCCGGGCCGCAAGGCCACUACCAGCCAGAUCCUCAAAAUGGCUUCUUUGACGAUUACCCGAUAGGGCCCGACCAAGGACUUAUCAUGCCUCCGUAUAUGCAGUUUGACUCUCCACCACAACCUCUUCAGAGCUACCAACAGCAGACGUUUGAACCAAUGAACGGGCCAAUGUUCCUAAACCCCGGGGUUAUGUACCCACAAUUUGACGCCGGCUCUUCUCUGCAACAGAUGUCACUGUAUCAAAACCAAGAGUAUCAAUACUCUGAACACCAAGACUCUCAUUAUAGUGGAGGCAUUCCCCAUCAUCACGGUCAAGAUCUUUCAUACUUCGGGGCGGUGUUUUCUGGCCAGGAAAUCGCUCAUUCUGGUGGAUAUCCUACUGCUGAAGAGGUUUUCACCGAUUACCCCGACCAAGGUGGGCAUCUUCAACUCUCGCCUAACGAUGCACAAGCGUACAUUCAAAGCUGGAGCCCUCCUAGCUUUCAGGAUCAAAAUCAUUGGGCAGACCAUACUCAGGAAGACUUUUUUUAUACGCAGGAUUAG